UCCUCUCUCUCACCCCACAAGCAUCUCCAAUCAUCCUCACCCUCUCCCUCACUCCUAUAUAAAUACCCAACCCCUCUUCUAACCCCUCAAGCCACAACCCACCCAAAACAAAGUAUAAUUUUCAAUCUCUCUCUCUCUAAAAUGGCCUUCUCUUUCUUUAGGAGGUUUUCAGUGCUGUCGUUGUUAGCUCUAGGACUUAGUUCUUUGGUUAACGUCACAUUUGGUGGCAACUUCUAUCAGGACUUUGACAUAACAUGGGGUGAUCAUCGAGCCAAAAUAUACAAUGGAGGUCAGCUUCUCUCUUUGUCGCUUGAUAAAAUCUCUGGUUCGGGAUUUAAAUCAAAGAAAGAGUAUUUGUUCGGGAGGAUUGACAUGCAGCUCAAGCUUGUUGCUGGCAACUCCGCUGGAACUGUUACCGCGUACUACUUGUCUUCCCUGGGGCCAACACACGAUGAGAUUGACUUUGAGUUCCUGGGAAACCUAAGCGGAGACCCUUACAUCCUCCACACUAAUGUCUUCACUCAAGGCAAGGGCAACAGAGAGCAGCAGUUCUAUCUAUGGUUCGACCCCACCACUAACUUCCACACCUACUCCAUCGUCUGGAAUCCUCGCCACAUCAUUUUCAUGGUGGAUGAGACACCCAUAAGAGUAUUCAGGAAUGGGGAGUCGGUGGGUAUGCCUUUUCCCAAAAACCAGCCCAUGAGGAUCUACUCUAGCCUGUGGAAUGCCGACGACUGGGCCACCAGAGGUGGCUUGGUCAAGACUGACUGGACCAGAGCCCCUUUUACUGCUUACUACCGCAACUUCAAGGUCCAGAGCAUCUCUCGUUCCACCAUGUCAGAUGAGUGGCAGAGCCAGGAACUUGAUGCCAACAGCCAAAGACGGCUCAGAUGGGUUCAGAAAAAUUACAUGAUAUACAACUAUUGCACUGAUAGGAAGCGAUUCCCUCAAGGCCUUCCUCCUGAGUGCAGGCUAGGCCUGGCAAUGCUUUUGUCA